CCACCUCUAGCAUAAUAUAUGUACUACAUUUAUACAAAUAUAAAUAUAAUGGAAAUAUGAGAAUUUAACCAAACACCGCCCGAAAUAUGAGUAUCCUCCGAGCACAGAUCCUAGCAAUCGAUCUCCUCAUAAAGUGAGUGAGUCGCAAGAGACGAAGGGAGCGAGAGAGAGAAAGGAGCACUUAAAUUGCACAUUCGCUGCUGUUUGUCCGCCGCGAUGCUGCCCUACAAUGUGCGAAACGCCGGUGGCGGAAGCGUUGGCGGAAUCCUGCGGCGCACGGGCCAAGGUUCGGGCACCGGAAGCACGAUUCUUGGCAAUGGAAACAGUCCGGGAGCACUAGGAGCCGGAAAAGUGUCCUCCAGCCUGGAAAACCACAGACAACCGCCGUUGGAACUCCUCGUGUUUGGCUACGCCUGCAAGAUUUUCCGCGAUGACGAGAAGGCGCGGGAAAUGGACCACGGCAAGCAGUUGAUUCCCUGGAUGGGCGAUGUAAAUCUCAAGAUUGACAGGUUAAUAAUUGGGACUAACCCGAGCAAUAAUUAUACGAUUAAUCAGUACGCACACCACUGCCACAAACACACACACACAGCCACAUACCCACCAAUGUCGUGUCCCGUUAGGACCACACUCCCACACACAGCAGCGGUCAAAUUGUUAGCAGAGUCAGAUACAUACAUAUAUGUAGGUAUUGUGAUCGAUGGUAUUGUGAUUAUGGCGUUAGAAGACCGAGCUUGUCGCUAUUUAUAGCCCUAUUUUGCAUAAUCUAAACAGAACUGAAUUAAUUUCUAUUUGAUAAAAUCGAGAAGAGGAUUUUCUGAAAAGGGUCAAACUGAUCGUCUGAGUAGAUAUUCUAACAUUUGUUGUAAUAAUUCAAGACUGCGAACUGCAGACACACACCCAUCUAUUCAUCCGCCCACACAACCAAAACACACACGCACACACACCAUUGUAAUAACAGCUCUUUUCAGUGCUUCUCAAACUGUAAUCUCUAUCCAUAUACAAUUUGAAAACUGUAAUUCUUUGCCCACUUUAAAUGUAAUCCGAUUAACUUUUUAGCCACCGGAGCGGUAUGUAUACGAACGAUCUCUAGCCUUAAAACCUAAUCUUAUCUGAAACUGCAUUAUAUAUACUAUAUACCGUAUGACUAUCAAUAUUGUGUAAAUGCGCGAGAGUGUGCGAAGCAAAUGGGACGAUUUUCAAGGAGCGGCCCUGCCUCCCGUUUGUUUCGCCCGUCCCGUUUCGCGUCGCCCCCCAAAAUUGCCACACCCACUGACAAUGCUUCUCCCUCCUCUCUGUUUAUAUUUCUCUGCUUGCUUUCUUUCGGCUCCGCAAACACCAUUGCCAUUGCGAUUACCGUGACCACAGAUACGAUGUGCGUGGAGCCCUCUGCGAACUGGCACCGCACGAGGCGCCACCAGGCGGAUACGGUAACCGGCUGGAGUACUUGAGUGCCGAGGAGCAGCGCGCCGAGCAGCUGUGCGAGGAGGAGCGGUACCUGUUUCUGUACAAUAACGAGGAGGAGCUGCGACUGCGACAAGGUGAGCACCACGGUGGUCUGGUAGUACCUCCAGAUCCAAAGAACCGGGCAGGGGUGUCGAUAUACUUUACUUGGUUUCGAAACUCCAGCAAUCUCUUCUUCGAAUGUAAAGACGAAGAGAAGAGAUUUUUGGAGCAUAGGGAAAAUGUCGGUUUUAAUACUCUAGGCUAAAAGCUUUAAAAACUAGUUAAUGUCAAAUUAAGUUGGGCUAGGACCUACUCACAUCAGAUUUCUAACGCAUGUAAACGUAUCGACACUCCCAAUCCCGAAUUCCUCAAAUUGUAAAUUGUAUUACAAGUACUGCAAGUGUCAUGAAACGCAAAACGCAAUCAAACCCAAAUCGCAAAUCGAAAAUAACUUGAACAAAUCAGUACCAAUCACAUCAAAUCCAACCAUCGAAAAAGAUACCACCGACAUCCCCUCGAUAUUUCCAGCGAGUCCGUUCUUGGAGCAGGUAAAUACGUAAUCCUCACUACCUGACAGAAUAAAUCGUUUCUUUCAGGUUGUAUUAGCUGGAGCGCCUUCUUGGGCGUGUGUUGUCAGGGAUCCAAAUGCAUGAUCAGCUUGCCGGGGAAGGCUCAGGAUCAAGCGAUUUUUGAUAUCCAGCACCUUCCUCUAUCUCUUUCUCUCUGUAUCUCUCUCUUGUUCGCAUCAACUCGAAUACGUUUCUCUCGCUCUGAUUCGAAUUAGUUAUUGCUGCCACCCCUCUCCUCCCGUACUAAAAUCGCACAUCUUCGUGUGUUCUCUGCUCUUAUUUUGGCCCAAUUCGCUGAUCCUGCAGAGGAGGACCUCAAGCGACUGCAGCAGGAAACCUCGGGCGGCUGCUUCAGCCAGGUGGGCUUUCAGUACGAUGGCCAGUCGGCAGCCUCCACUUCCAUCGGUGGCUCCUCAACGGCGACCUCCCAGCUCUCGCCGAACUCCGAGGAGAGCGAGCUGCCUUUCGUCCUUCCCUACACCCUGAUGAUGGCACCACCCUUGGACAUGCAGCUGCCCGAAACGAUGAAGCAGCACGCUAUCAUAGAGAAGACUGCUCGCUUUAUCGCAACCCAGGGCGCCCAAAUGGAAAUUCUUAUCAAGGCAAAGCAGGCGAACAACACGCAGUUCGAUUUCCUGACCCAAGGUGGACAUCUGCAGCCUUACUACCGUCACCUUUUGGCUGCUAUCAAGGCGGCCAAGUUCCCGCCCGCACCACAAACUCCGUUGGAUCAGCAGAAUACAGACAAGGAAGCACCCUCAGCGGACGACCACAGCGAGGAAGUCGCGGGUGGAAGGAGGAACCCCAACCAAGUGGUCAUCACGGUGCCCACCAUCAAGUACAAGCCCUCGGCCAACUGCGCCUACACCCAGCUAAUUAGCAAGAUCAAGGGCGUGCCCCUCCAAGCGGUCUUGCAGGAGGACGAGUCAAGCAAUCCGGGCAACUCGCAGCACUCGGGCGGCACGGCCUCGCCCGCACUUAGCUGUCGAUCCGAAGGUCACAACAGCCAGGGAGGUGAGUUCACACCCGUAUUGCUGCAGUACAACGGGAGCACCUUCACACACGAGGAGGAAUCGUCGAACCGGGAGCAGCAGGAUGAUAACGAUGUCAACGGUGGCGAGCCGCCCCAGGUGGAGCUGCUUAAGAACACGAGUGCGCUGGCGUUGGCCCAAAACUAUAGUUCAGAAAGUGAGGAGGAGGAAGAUCAAGUUCAGCCAGAAAAGGAAGAGGAAAAGAAACCAGAGCCCGUGCUUACCUUCCCCGUUCCGAAGGACAGUCUAAGGCACAUAAUCGACAAGACGGCCACGUACGUAAUCAAGAACGGACGCCAAUUCGAGGAGACCCUUCGCACGAAGAGCGUGGAUCGGUUUAGUUUCUUGCUGCCGGCCAAUGAGUACUAUCCAUACUACUUGUACAAAGUGACCGGCGAUGUGGAUGCGGCUUCCAAGGAGGAGAAAACUAGGAAAGCAGCAGCCGUAGCUGCCGCCCUGAUGUCAAAGAAGGGUCUUAGUUUUGGAGGAGCAGCAGCUGCAGUGAGUGGAAGCAAUCUGGAUAAGGCUCCUGUAAGUUUCUCCAUUCGGGCUCGCGAUGACCAAUGUCCAUUGCAACACACUUUACCGCAGGAGGCCAGCGACGAGGAGACUAGUUCGAAUGCUGCUGGGGUGGAGCAUGUGCGACCAGGUAUGCCAGAUAGUGUGCAACGGGCCAUCAAACAGGUUGAGACGCAGUUGUUGGCCAGGACCGCCGGGCAGAAGGGAAACAUCACGGCUUCCCCAUCCUGUUCCUCACCACAAAAAGAGCAGCGGCAAGCUGAGGAGCGUGUUAAGGAUAAGCUGGCGCAGAUUGCCCGCGAGAAGCUGAACGGAAUGAUUUCACGCGAAAAACAAUUGCAGUUGGAACGAAAGCGAAAGGCCUUGGCCUUUCUAAAUCAGAUAAAAGGUGAGGGUGCCAUUGUGGGCUCUGCUGUGCCUGUUGUUGGUCCGAAUCCUCCAGAGUCAGCGGCCGGAGCUGCGACCGCCGACAGUGGUGACGAGUCUGGUGAUUCUGUACGUUCCAUACCAAUUACCUACUUUGGCCCCGACGACGAUGACGAAGUCGGUGAACAGAGGCCUGAGAUGAGGCUCAUAGGGAGCACGCAGAAGGACGAGGAGGACGACGAUGAAGAGGAUGGCGGCGAUCUGGAGAAGUACAACUUGCUCAACGACGAUAGCACGAACACCUUCACCAGCAAACCCGUGCUUCCUCCCACCGCUGCUCCACCUCCUGCUGCUGUUCUGCUUUCUGACGACGACGACGUCCAGCUUGUGGCCACUACCUCAACGCGGUCCUCCAGCUCGCGCCAUCUCAAAACCCACCGCCGGAGCAGAAGUCGCAGUAAGAAUGUCCGAAGCAGUGACAGCAGCCCUUCUAGUCGAGAGUCCUCGCGCCGACGCCGCCAGAAGAGCAGCAGGCUUUCCAGGGAGCCAUCAUCGAACCCGCCACGUAAGUCCCAGCAUUCGUCAACGCAGCGAAAAAAGACCCCCAAAAAGAGGAGGCGCAGCAAAAGUAGAAGUCGCUCUAAAAGCAUCCGGCGGAGUAGGAGCAUAAGCAUAUUGAGAAACAACCGGCGGAGCAGAUCGCGUAGCCCCAGCUGUCGAAAUGCAGAACAGCGACGCCAGCAGGACCGACGGCGCACUCCCACUAAAAAGUCCCACAAGCGGCACAAGCGACGCAGGCGCAGCAGCUCCCCCUGAGAAUCUUCCUAGAGCUCCGCAACCACCUCCACAUUUCAAAGUUUUUUUGUAGGUUACAAGUUGUAUCAAAUAAACCCCCAACAUAUUUUUGU